GGUAAGGCAGGGAAAGAUCAAUAAUCUUCCACCCAAUGAACAAGGCCACAAACUGUUACCAUUAUGUAUUAGAAUAUGUGCAACCACUCAAGCUGACCUUAAAAUGGCAGCAUUUUCUCUAAAUAUUCAAAAACAUGUGGAACCUGGUCUUGUAACUUCCGGUAAAUUCGAUGGUUCUCAUGCUUGUCUAGCGGCUGCAACUUAUGGUGGAAAUAUUUUGGUACACAGCCCUCAUAGGCAACCACAAAUAACCGGCCAAGACCACGAACAAUCCGAUAGAAAAAUAUCUUGGAGCGGAGAACUCGCGGAACUUCAGAUAGGAACUGAGAUUACAGCAUUAUGCACUGGUCGACUUAGUGAUGACGAGAGAGAUAUUCUUCUAAUUGGAACUACAUCUCAUAUUUUGGCCUAUCACAUAGAAGACAACUCUGAUGCUUUUUACAAAGAGAUGUCUGAUGGUGCAAGAUGUAUAAUCGUUGGUAAAUUGAGUUGGCUUCCAAAUCAAGUUGCAAUCGUUGGUGGCAAUAGUUCGAUAACAGUUUUAGACUCACAAGGCACAGAGAUAUUUUGGACAGUACUAGGAGGUAUUGUAACUUCAUUAGCUGUUUUUGACUUCGAUGGAGAUGACGAAAACGAGUUGGUCAUUGGGACCAGAGAUUUCGAAAUAAAGGUGUACAAGAAAGACAAUCUGCUCUGGGAAGCUAAAGAAACAGCUUCGAUUACCACUCUAACCGGCCUACCUAAUAGAAGAUUCGUUUAUUCAGUAGGAAAUGGGACUCUUGGUGUCUAUGAAAUGACUCAAAGACUAUGGCGUGUCAAGUCGAAGCACCGGGUGGUGGUCACGAGGAGCUUUGAUUUGAACGGAGACGGUGCACCCGAAGUCAUAACUGGUUGGAAUAAUGGAAAAGUAGACGCAAGGUCAUCCAAUAGCGGUGAAGUAAUUUUUAAAAUUCAAUUAUCCGCCGGAAUAGCUGGAAUCGUGGAAGCUGAUUACAGGAGAAUCGGCAAAUCUGAUUUAGUCGUAGUGUCUUCUAUUGGCGAAGUGCGCGGCUAUGGUUCCGGUUCCGCGAUGGAUACUCCAGAACCUGGCGAGGCAAUGCGCGAUUUAUUGGCGAAAAGGCAGAUCCUCCAAAUGGAACUUAGGCAGAGGGCCGCGUCUGUUCCGAAUAUGUUCCAUGGAACGAAAUUGGCAGUGAGCUUGAUGACCUGCAAUGGUGCGGCUCGUGUUGCCCUUGCGUCUGGACCUGGUCUUUUUAUGUAUUGCGCGAUAGUUUUCACCGAAGGAGUGUUCGAAGGCGAAACUCUCGUUGUCCAUCCCAGCAGACCUAAGGGGGAGCUGGAAAUAGAGCUUCGUCCUCCGAAGAAUGCCCCUGUCGAUAUGCACGUUAAAGUAUGCGUUGGUCCAGCUGCUGCGGAUUUGUUACAGGUGUUUGAAAUGACGCGCCAAUUGCCUAGAUUUUGCAUGUACCAGAUCAUCGAACGGCCUGCGCAAAUUGCGGAGGACUUUGCGAAAAAUAGCGUCACAGCUGAGUUUGCGGAGAGACCUCAAAGAAUCGCUCUUUGGUUGAAUCAAAGUCUCAUUCUUCCGGAAGAGUUCGAAAUUAAGGAGGACAAACCAAACAACGGAGGUAUUGAGAUGUGGCUUCGCGGCAUGAGAGACAACAAGAUUCAUUGUUUCAUGUCAGACGCAACGGGAAAAGUAACCGUUCAAACGGAAGAUUCUACAUUUGCCGGCGACAUUAUUCAGUCGUUAGCCUUGUACUUGGGCCUUAGAGAGCUUUCUUCCGAAGUUUCAUUUCCGGCUGAAGAGAAGAAGAUGUUGGACGCCUUGGAACACGUCAAAGAGUUAAAGGAGAUCGAUACCAGAUUGCAAGCAGAGGCAGCUAAUGAAACAGUUUUACUGAAAAAUAUUAUAAUUCGCUUGGAGGAUGCAAGAAUUCUCGAGAAUAUCGAUGAAAUGAGAAAGAGACUCGUACAAUUGAAAAAUGUUAAUGUCGAUCUGAUCAGGGAACAUGAAAUCAGAAUGAAGAGUUAUAGAGAACUCACGGCGAAUUUAAAAGAAUUAAAUCUCGGAGUGCAACGUGCAGCUAGAUUAAGAGUUGGGAAAAGUGCCUCAAACACGAUAGCCCGUUGUAGAGCAGCGAUUCAGGACGAGAAUCCGAAGGCUCUCACGCUGGCAAUAAGACAUGGAUGAAUUCAGGGGCGAAUUUACCUUGACGCUGAUAUCACUGUAAGCGUUGGGCCCCGGAACGCUAUGGGGGCCCCAAAAGAGCUUGUCAAAAAGAUUAAUAAACGAUUAUUAGAACUACA